AUGCAACUGUUUGUUCGUGAUGCGUCCACGGUGGUGGUGGAGGCCCCGCCGGGGGCCACUGUGCACGACUUGAAGGAGCUCUGGUCGCAGAAGGCUUUUGGCGUGGUCUCGACCGUGUCAUGGGCGUUCGUACAUGAGGGCCGGUUGCUGGCAGACUCCGCGACACUCGAGGCAGCGGGCGUGCGCGACGGUGCUUCGCUGUGCGCGAAGCUGCGGCUCCGCGGCGGCGGCGGCGAUGGCGGCUCGACCGGCGCGGAGUCUCGCUCGUGCUACCUUGAGAUGUACCAGGGCAAGAAGCCGGACAAGGUCAACCCCGCGGAGGAGCUGCUGGCGCGGUGGACCCGCUGCCACAUCAGCGGCGAGCCCCUGGCCGAGCCCUGCGUCGUGGACGAGCUCGGCAGCCUCUUCAAUAAGGAGGCCCUCGUGCACGCACUGCUCAACCGGACGCUGCCGGCCGCGCUGGCGCACAUAUCCGGCCUCAAACAAGUCACCACGCUGCGGCUCGAGCCGCUGCCGCGCGCCGGCGGCGGCAAGGCAGGCGCCGCUUCUGCAGCCGCCUGGCAGUGCCCAAUCACAGGGCUGGAGAUGAACGGCCGCGCGCGGUUCGUCGUGCACCGGCCGACGGGGCGGGCGCUCGCGGAGCGCGCGCUCAAGGAGGCGCCGGCGGCGGUGGAGGAGCUGCUUGGCGGGCCGUGGGCGGCGGAUGACCUAAUCGUGGUCAACCCCUUGGGGGACGAGCUUUUUGAGAUCCGGGAGCGGCUGGCGGCCAGGAUGUCUGCCGAGCGGCAGAAGAAGCUGGCCAAGAAGAUGGCUAAGAAGGGCGCCGACGCGGCCUCUGCGGCGGCCGCCUUGGCGGCGGGGCCGGCUGCGGCAGCGGGGGCGGCGGGCGCCGAGGCCGGCGCCGUGGAGGGCGCCGACGGGGCGGCGCGCAGCGGCAGCCCGAGCGGGAGCGGCGGCAGCGGGAGCGGCGGCAACAAUGCUGCUGGAGCGGCAACGGCGGCGGGCGGCAAGCGCCCAGCGCCGGCUGCGGCGCCGGUAGCGGUGACUGCAUCGGCGGCGGGGGCCGAGAAGGCAGCCAAAAAGAUCAAGGUGCCGAGCAACGCUACCCCUGAGGUGUACAAAUCGAUCUUCCACACAGCGGAUGAGGCGGCGGCGCGGAAGGAGACUUACUCGUGCCGGGCCGUGAGCGGGCGGUGGCGGUGCUGA